UGAUUGGCAGGCAUCACAAGACUUUGUGGCUAAUUAUUAUCAAGAGCCCGUGGGAAUUCGCGUGAAAAAUGACUUUAAAGUGACUGUAGAUGUUUUCUCCCGGCAGGGCUCUGAAUGCUUGGUUUUCUAGCCUUUAGCGUGAAAAGUCAGAGAUGAGAGAAAGUUAAAGGUGCUCUUGCUUCCGCGUGCAGCUUCCCCGCAGCCAGGGCGGAUCGAACACCAGAGGUGUACCGGCAUCGCACCGCUCUUGUCACAGUCAACGCAUAUUUCUGAGGAUAACCUAACAAUAAGCCAUCAUGUUUUUUUCAGGCUACAGUAUUUUGUCUAAGCAGACAAGGAAAGCCAAAAAAAGGAAAAGACAGAAAGCGAAUAGUGGGCAAGAAUUUGAAUACAGGAUGGCCGGGUGUGACAGCUGCGCCAAAUACGCUCUCCUCAUCUGUAACUUCAUCUUCUGGAUUUCCGGCUCGGCUGUACUCUCCGUCGGUAUCUGGAUACGUGUCGAUCCCCAGAUUGAGUACUACUUCGGGAAGUUUGGUGAUCUGGAUAUCCCGAUAGAUUACCUGUAUACCUCAGCCUACGUCCUAAUGGGCGUCGGAGCCUUUGUUUUCCUGGUCGGAUUCUGUGGAUGCUGCGGAGCAGUCAGAGAAAGUGCCCGUUUUCUCGGAGUGUACAUCCUUUGCUUGGUUCUCAUCGUGGCUGCGGAAAUUGGUGUCGCCAUCUAUAUCAUUGUCAAGAAAGGGGAGAUUGAAUCUCAUCUGUUGGAAAAGUUACAAUCAGGCGUGAAGAAUUACAACGCCAGCGGCGAUGCAGCCAUGGAUUUCUUCCAGAUAAAGUUUUCCUGUUGCGGGGCAGACAAUUUCACUGAAUAUUACUACACUUCCUGGUUCUCAGAGGUUGGACAGAGAAACAAUUUGUACACGGCUGGCAGUUGUUGUGUCGUAGAUGACAUCGAUAAAGUCCACCCACGUCCCGUGGACCUGGAAGGCUGUAUGAGGGAGGCACGUGUACGUGACUCACAGCCACAGUACAUGUAUCAGGAUGGUUGUCACGGGAAGAUCGUUAACUGGGUGGAAAGCAGCAGUAUUAUAUUAAUAGCUGUGGGUCUCGGUGUAGCCUUGGUGGAGGUUGCAGGAAUCAUCUUUGCUGUUUGUCUGUGUAGACAAGCUAACCAUAUCGACUACAAAUGAUCUGACCAGCUCGGAGUUUAACCUUUGUACAUACAAGUGGUGCCCUCUAGCGGCGGGGGAAAGGCCACUGACAAUCUCUGACCAAGCACAAAGCUCCGUGUGAACACAGGACCGUACUUUGCACAUCCAUUUGUGGGAAUUUAUACAAUUUAUCUCUACAAACGGUGGUGAUGAUGAUUUGUUUUAAUGGCGGCUCAAUUUCUAGCGAAACUACGACAAAGAAGUGCGAUAUUUUUCUGAAUUAUCUAAUGCUGUUUUGUAGAAUACAUAGAUUCAAACAUAAUAGCAAAACUUGGCGAAUCUUUUUGCACCCAGGCCUGUUACUGUGUGUAUUAUGCACAGGGAACGGAAUGUUGUCUUAGGCCAGGCUUUGUUGCUAACUAUUCAAACUGUUCCGGGUGCAUUGGACUGUUGUUAUUGGCUGUUUGACACUCCGGUGUUGACGCGGGGUUGUUGACAGGGUCCCGUGGAUGAUAUCCUGUUGACCUGACCGCCGAUAUGAUUUCCUGAAGAUCGAUACCUGAUCAAACAGUCUGUAUAUGUCUAGGAGUUGUGUAACUUGUCAACCCAGUCUAGAGCGCAUUCUGUCACUCAAUACAAUCAUCUCAAUGUAAAUAGCUGUAUUUAUUUAUUAAGGAGUACGUACUUGGCGGAGGUUUUCUUGGUUUCCGGGAUAUUUUUUGUAACAUGUUUAGAGGAGGGUCGUUAAUGUGACUAUCUGGUAUCGUAGUAAACAGCUUCGGGAAGUUGCGCUCAUCAGACAACCGGCUUCGCAGCCUAAACCGCACUCCGGCAGCCUACAUGAAAGUAGUCACUGCCACAUGAGCCACCGGGGGUAAUUAGUCGUAGUGCUUAAAAGGUUUCAAUUUUAACAAAGUGUUUCUUAAAUUAAUUUGCAGUGGGAGUGACGAGUAUGAAGCCCUGAGCAACUCGUUUAGUCGUCAACAAAUUUAUACGACGGAAUAUUUAAGUUUGUCUCAUAUUUUGAGGCAGCUGUUCUUUUUCUUACGAGUCAUUAUUUUAAUAUAUUUGUCGUAUUUUUAUAGUCUACGCGGAGAUGAUUGUAAAACAAGUGUGUUUUUGUUGCAAGUUUUUAUGGCACACGUCUUGUAUACUUGUGACAUUUAAUGACGUUUGAGAUAAUUAUUGUCACGUUUCUGCUGUCUCUCUAUGUCGGACAACGGCUAAACAUAUAAACCUUUCAAAUCACGUGAAACUAACACCUCAUAUUACUCUGUGAGACAUCUCUUCAUCUUAAGUUCUUAAUGAAAAUUAUUCCACCUGUUGGACUAUAAUUAAAAAGUAUUGUUUAUCAGAAAAGAAAAGGACACCUGCGGUCAUGGUUUUCUCGGCCCACACUCACCUGUUUACCUGGAGCCUGUUUCACAAAGCGAGUUCGGACUUAAGACUAAAACUGUAAUAAAAAUUAAACUCUUAAAUAUGUGUAUCAAAUUUUGACCACUGACUCUAUGCUGUGGUAGUACAAAUUCCGCCGACUUUAAGCAUCCUGCUACUGUUUUUUAAAAGAGUUUUGGACUUAAACACAAAACGGCUGAGUGAAACAGACCACUUCCAAACAUUCACGCGGAUUGCUGAAAACCACAUUUACAUUAGACAACCAGCCAGCGGCAAACAUAGUGAAAUGGAACUGAAUUAUAUUGUGUGGUUGUAUAAUUUUUGUUGUAAAUUGUAUAUAGAAAAUAUAACUGACUCAUUGUUA